UUUGAGGACCUUAAUCUGGGGUGGGAGGUACUCAAGAUUGGGCUUGGUGUGAGCCCGCCAAGUUGGAGGCUGGGUAUUGAGUUCUGGGCUGGACGGGAGCCCAGCCAGUUUGUCUUCCCGUUCAGGCCGGUGGGACCGUGAGUGCUGGGUAGAACUGUUAAUCAUUACUCAUGCAUCGGGAACUGGCCCCAGCUGAGGCCCCCCGCCACCGGCCCCCAGCCUCGCAGCCCUCACGUUCCGGGAGAUCGCCCCACCUGCCGGGGGUGGCGGGGCGUCCGGGUGGCGCUCGCGCGAGGUCUGGGUCGCCGGUGAGCCGUUGCUCCGCCCUGGCUGCGGGUUGGCCCCAGCGUGGCGCGGCGUGGGUCCCGCGACCGUUGUAGAGUCCCGGGCUGCCGCCGUCUCCGCUCCGGUUGCGCAGGCCGCUCAUUGGUCCAGAUCCGGACGAAUCGCCCCACCCCCGGCUGGCGAGGGCGCUGCUGGCGCCGCGCCGGUGCCCCGCCUUCCCGGCCGCGGAUUGGCCCGCGACGGGACCCGUUGGUCGCGCUGGUGUCUGGGAAGGAGAGAAAAUGGCGGCGGAACCAAGCAAGACCGAAAUCCAGACUCUUUUCAAGCGGCUUCGCGGGAUUCCGACCAACAAGGCCUGCUUCGACUGUGGCGCCAAGAAUCCGAGUUGGGCCAGCAUCACGUAUGGUGUUUUCUUGUGCAUUGACUGUUCUGGGGUGCACCGCUCCCUGGGCGUCCAUCUCAGCUUCAUCAGGUCCACAGAGUUGGAUUCCAAUUGGAACUGGUUCCAGCUGAGGUGUAUGCAGGUCGGCGGAAAUGCCAAUGCGACAGCUUUCUUCCGCCAACAUGGAUGUACAGCCAGUGAUGCCAACACCAAAUACAAUAGCCGAGCUGCCCAGAUGUACCGGGAAAAGAUCCGGCAGCUGGGGAGUGCAGCCCUGGCUAGGCAUGGCACUGAUCUUUGGAUAGACAAUAUGAGUAGUGCUCCCAGUCACUCCCCAGAGAAGAAGGACUCUGAUUUCUUCACGGAACACACUCAACCCCCUGCCUGGAAAGAACCAGACCCCAACCCAGCAGAGACCCAGCAGCUAGCCCCUUCUACAGAGAUCAGUAGCCUGGCACAGCCGGAGCACGGCCCCAACAUGGACCUGCUUGGCACCUCACCCAAAGCCUCUCUGGAGUCCAUGCGUCUGUCACCUAAAGGGGCCCUUCCUGCCAGAGAACCGAGAACCUCCCUCAUUGGCAAGAAGAAGCCAGCAGCAGCUAAGAAAGGGCUGGGUGCCAAGAAAGGCCUGGGGGCCCAGAAGGUGAGCAGCCAGAGCUUCAGUGAAAUGGAGCGGCAGGCCCAGGUGGCAGAGAAGCUCCGUGAGCAGCAGGUGGCUGAUGCCAAGAAGCAGGCCGAGGAGUCCUUGGUUGCCUCUAUGCGCCUGGCCUACCAGGAGCUCCAGAUUGACCGUAAGAAGGAGGAAAAGAAGCUACAGAAUCUGGAAGGGAAGAAGCGAGAACAGGCAGAGAGGUUGGGCAUGGGCUUGGUGUCCCGCAGCUCCGUCUCUCACUCGGUGCUGUCUGAGAUGCAGGUGAUCGAGCAGGAAACCCCCGUGAGUGCAAAAUCCUCCCGCUCGCAGCUCGACUUGUUUGAUGACGUUGGUACUUUCGCCUCUGGACCCCCAAAGUACAAGGACAACCCCUUCUCCUUGGGGGAAAGUUUCAGUUCCCGCUGGGAUACGGAUGCCGCCUGGGGUAUGGACCGGAUGGAGGAGAAGGAGCCAGAAGUGACCAUCUCAAGCAUCCGGCCUAUUUCAGAAAGGGUCACAAACAGAAGAGAGGUGGAAAGCCGGAGCUCAGGCCUCGAGUCCAGUGAAGCACGCCAGAAAUUUGCAGGAGCCAAAGCCAUCUCAUCGGACAUGUUCUUUGGGCGGGAGGUGGAUGCUGAGCAUGAAGCCCGGUCUCGACUCCAGCAGCUCUCGGGUAGUAGCGCCAUUAGCUCUUCGGACCUCUUCGGGGACGUGGAUGGAGCUCAUGGAGCAGGUAGCGUAUCGCUGGGCAACGUGCUCCCCACAGCUGACAUUGCCCAGUUUAAGCAGGGUGUCAAGUCUGUGGCCGGGAAGAUGGCCGUGCUGGCCAAUGGUGUGAUGAAUUCUUUGCAGGAUCGCUAUGGCUCCUACUGAUCCAGGCGCCGCGGCUCAAGCGUAUGGUGGCAACAGCAGCAAAACCCCCACGAUUCCAAGGCCACGGGCGCUUGCCUUGUGGAAGCUGGGGAGGAAUUGUUACUUUUUAUGUGUUGUGUGUGAGUGGGGUGGCCUUUGAGGAUCUCGGGUGAGGGGGAUGGGCGGUCCCAGCCUUGACCUCUGUCUGUAGACUGAGCCCUUUAUUCUCCUUCCCUCACACCCCUGGCGCGUGUGCUGGACGCUGUCCUCCGAUCCUGCCCCCCACGCUGCAGCUCGCUUGUCCGGCCACACUGGGUGCAGGGGGAGAGGGGGAGGAGUUCCCUCAGGCGGGCUUCUGCUGGGUCCAGCCCUUCCCCAAGGAGGGAAAGUGAGCCGUAUAAGGCUUUUUUGCCAGCUCUGGGAUCCUUCCAGGUUGUCUGGGGUUUGGCCCCCGUCCUCUGGAACCCGUGGGCAUGUCUAGAAAGAGUUCUGCUGUGGACCAGCCCCCAGGGGGAGGGAGGCUCCGGACUCGCUGCAGUUAUGGCUCCAGCGGCCUCUUCUGUGUGGUGGGGGACAGCGGGGGGAGGACCUUCGUCUGGGCCUUACUGAGGGCUAGAGACCUUCGCUGGUACCUAAAGGUUUCAUUUGGGAUCAGACUGGAGGCCCGAGUGAUCUUCUCCUGUCUCACCGCCCCUUUUUACAGUGAUCACUUGAGGGAUACUUCUCCUGAGUGUCUCGGAGUCCUUCCAUACCAUCCAUUGUGGAGCACAGGACCCUCUGUCCCUUCUUCCCCUGCUUGGUGGCCAUGGUGGGUCUCAUCUGCCCUAUGCCCCGCUCUGGAUGCUGUGAGCAUAAUGCUGUCCAAGGAAGCAGAGGACAUGGGGGACAGAAACAGGCUCUUGGGGCUCAACUUUUUUCUUCUGUAUCAUCCUGGUCUUGGGGGGUGCCUAGACCUCACCCCCCCAUCCCUCAGUGAGAGCUUGAGGCAUGACAGAGCUGCAGGCCUCGCCCCCUGGCCACUGGGCCCUGCGCUGUCCUCGUGCCACCCCCCCGCCCCCGUGUCGCCAGUCUGGGCCCACCCUGCCCGCGGGGGGUUGGGGAUUGGGCUCCCAAGCAACACAGACCAUUCUUCCCUUGCCCCCUCCCCCAAAGGGACUUGACUUUCUUUCUGGACUGUUUGUAUUGGAACAGUGGUGUCAAAUAAAGCCUUGCCAGGGCAGUGGGCCGCUGUU